AUGGCUAGAAAGGGACAAGUAGCCAUACAAGACAAUAUUGAAACCAAUGAAGAAUUUGCGGAAACAUUAAUGUCCAAUUUUGAUCGACUCCUAUGUUUGGAGGUGUAUUCUGAUUUUUGUGGUCAUUGUUUAGCUACCGGAAAUGCUAUUAGAAAAGGAAAACUAGAAAUUGGUCAAGAUCGUAUUGGUAUGGUCAGAAAAGGUAAAUUAAUAAGAGCUAUGUUUGGUGCAAAUGGUUUAGAAUUAUGUCGCAUAAUUGAGGAAGAAUUGGAAAAUCUGAAAAUCGAGGCUGAAACCGGAAUUGAAAUACCCAAACAAGAAAUUGAAGAGCUUCUACCUGAGGAAGCUGCAAAGAUUGAAGAAGAUUUAAAAAUGGAAGAAGAAGCUCGAGAAAUAGCAGAGCGGCUUCGUGUUUUAACUACUGCUGCUCGAAAGAAAAGAGUUUGCGAGCGUUUAGCACGCCAUGUACAAAGGUUGAAUUUUAUUUUAUAUUGGCCACACUGUCACAAAGCCCAUUUAGACUUAUAUGAAAAGUGGGAUAUUAUAAAUGUUCAAGUAGCAGCUAAGGAGACGAUCCAAAUGACUGAGGAAAUAGUGAAAGAGGCUUUAUAUAUGAGCGACGUUGAUCCCAAUGAAGCUUGUAUCCAUGCUCUUAUGACCGGAGAAGCAUUGGUUGUUCUCUUUAAAAUGUUCGACACUGAUGAUAGGGAUUUUGUUAAACUUAUGCGCCAUACUUUAUAUGAAGAAAUACCAGUUCCAAAGGAAGAUUUACCACCGGAAAAGCAGCUUCCUCCAAUCCCGGCAUUUGAAAGGUACGCGACCAUCAGUAAAACUGCAAGGGAAGUUCGGAGGGAGAGGUACGAAGCCCGAAUGGAAAAACUGCGUCAAGAAAAAGAAGAGAGGGAAAGAUUAGCUGCAGAACAAGCGAGACUUGCAAGAGAAGAAGAGGAGGAAAGACAAAGACUAGAGAAACAAAGACAGGAAGAAGAAAGAAUGGCUAGGAUUCAAGCUGGAUUGCCAGCUGAGCCAGAACCAGAGCCAGUCGAAGAAGGUGGAGAAGAGGGUGGAGAAGAAGGUGGAGAAGAAGGUGGAGAGGAGGGUGGAGAAGAGGGUGGAGAAGAAGUAGUACCAGGAGAGGAACCAGGGGUUGCUGAAACUGAAGAGACUGGGGAACCUGAGCCAGUGGAAGAAGAACAAGUAGAAGUUGAAGAGGAAUUCCACUCAGAUGUAUCUAUUGAGGACGAGGAGUAUAUUCCACCUGGUGGUCUAUUUGUGCCAGGAUUAUAUACUCCACCUAACGAUUUAGCCAAAGCUAAUGCAUUGGCCUUAUUUUAUCCCAAGGUCGUGUCUCAAAUUACACCAAUUGAGUCGGAGUUUCUUCCUCCGCACGUGUUGGUAAUGUUUACUAUUGAAAAGCGACAGGAUGUUAAGGAUAUAAUGGAUCAAUUUCCGGAUGAAAUUCUUAAUUAUGGCAUAUUUAUUGGAGAUGACCCUACCACAGCUCAACACCUCGCGUAUACUAUAAAGCAGUAUAAUCAUAUGAGCAGAAUAAGGAGACACAACGAUAGACUGGCGCUGAUGGUGUCUCGGAAACGCAGUCUACCGAUGUUGCAACUGGCGGGAGCCAAUCCUUGUUACAUCAGUCAUGAUGUGGAGAGUGGAGAAAAGGAUUGCCUUAUUAUGUUUCCUGUGGGAUAUGGAGACGAUUAUGAAGAGGAAGAAAGUGUCCACGAAGAGGAAGAGGAGGCAGUUGCAGAACAAGCACCUGAACAGGAGGUUGUCGAAGUUGUUAACCAAGAAGAACAAGAGGAAGAUGAAGAUGAUGAAGACUAA